AUGGGGGAGAAUAAUUUCAACUUGCCACCCGGUUUUCGGUUCAAUCCCAGCGAUGAAGAGCUUGUAGUUCAUUUCCUUCAUAGAAAGGCUUCCCUUUUACCUUGCCAUCCUGAUUGCAUCCCUGAUCUCGAUCUUUAUCCCUAUGAUCCAUGGGAAUUAGAUGGUAAAGCAAUGUGUGAAGGUAACAAAUGGUACUUCUUCAGUAGGAGGACACAAAGCAGAAUCAGUGGGAGUGGAUAUUGGCAGUCUUUGGUUGUAGAUGAACCAAUAUAUUCUAGUGAUAACCAAAAAGUUGGCAUGAAGAAAUGUUAUGCAUUUUACAUGGGUGAAUCUCCAGAAGGUGUUAAAACAAAUUGGAUAAUGCAGGAAUUUAGGCUCUCUGAUUCUUCAUCAUCAAGAAAAAGAAAUUCCAAGAUGGAAUAUAGUAAGUGGGUGGUGUGUCGAGUGCAACAGUAUCACAAUAAUGACGAUGAUGAUAGUGCAGGACUUUCAUGCAUGGACGAAGUUUUCUUGUCGUUGGAUGAUCUCGAUGAAAUUAGUUUGCCAAAUUAG